CGCGGCUACCUGCGCAUGCGCACGAGCUAGGCUGCCCGCAUGCGCAGUAGGCGCGAGUGAGUGACCGGGUCAGUCGAUGUGUAAAGAUGGCGGCUGUGUGUUUCUCCUUGAGGCGGUGCGGAGAGAAAGUGAUGCGCUGCUCUGUUCUAACAGCGAGCAUGCGUUAUGCACAGACCGCAGCAGCAAUACAGCCACGCAUUAAAACGUUUCAAAUUUACCGCUGGGAUCCUGAUAAGCCCGGGGACAAACCACACAUGCAGACGUAUGAAGUGGACCUGAACACUUGUGGGCCGAUGGUGUUGGAUGCUCUGAUUAAGAUAAAGAAUGAAGUCGACUCAACUCUCACCUUCAGACGCUCCUGCAGAGAAGGUAUCUGUGGGUCGUGUGCGAUGAACAUUAACGGUGGGAACACACUGGCGUGCCUGAACAAGAUCGACACCAACACCAGUAAAGUGACCAAGAUUUACCCUCUGCCCCACAUGUAUGUGGUGAAAGACCUGGUACCAGAUAUGAAUCAUUUCUAUGCUCAGUAUAAGUCGAUUGAGCCGUAUCUGAAGAAGAAGGAUGAGAGUCAGCAGGGGAAGGAGCAGUACCUGCAGAGUGUAGAAGACCGACAGAAACUGGACGGUCUGUAUGAGUGUAUCCUGUGUGCGUGCUGCAGUACCAGUUGUCCCAGUUACUGGUGGAAUGGAGAUAAGUACCUGGGUCCUGCUGUGCUGAUGCAGGCGUAUCGGUGGAUGGUGGACUCUCGUGAUGAGUUCACAGAGGAACGUCUGGCUAAACUGCAGGACCCAUUUUCUUUGUACCGCUGUCACACCAUCAUGAACUGCACCAAGACCUGCCCCAAGGGUCUGAAUCCUGGAAAGGCUAUCUCUGAGAUUAAGAAAAUGAUGGCGACGUAUAAGGAGAAGAAAACCGCGACCGCGUGAUGAUGCCAAUCUGAAGGACUGAAUGCCAUCAGAGAAAUCAGAUUAUUUCCUGACCUUCUCAUCCUGCUUCAGCUACACACACACACACACACACACUUACUCUCACACUCCUCAUAGUAUUGAUACAUCAGAUUUUGUGCUCUGUUGCUUCAUCUGUUACAGGACCUACAAACAGUCAGUGUGUGUGUGGUGUGUAAGCGUGUAAACGUGUUUGUGUGUUUGUGAGAGAGAAUGAAGAGAUGAGGAAGGAUGUGGUCCAGCACAGUUAUAAAGUGAUAAAACACUUGUACUGUUCUGUGGGAUAUGUGGUGUAUAUUUUGUGUGUAAUAAAACAAUUCAUGGUUAAAA